AUACAAUUGGUCGACCCGCUUUCUAGACCUUCUACCAUGGAUGUCUCGUACAGUUCGUCUCCAGUCCAAGUCAUUGAGAUCAUGUCGGCCGAUACUGAAGACACAUCUAUCGAGUGUCCUCGAACACCUGAACCAGUCCAGCGUCCACCACCAGAGUCGAGCAAUGGCCAGAACCAGCAACCUUCGCUACAAGAAAUCCUUCAAAUGACAUCUACCACAGUCAACUUCAUAUCAGCGAUCACAACACUCUUCCACGAGAGAGGGGAGCAGAAUUCUAGCUUCCGAGAAGAGCACAGAAGAAAAGUCCUCUUCACCGCGAUGAAUGCAUACGCCUGGGCGAGCGCGAGGAUUGCGCACGAACACACAAUCGCACGAGACACGCUACAAGCCGAGAUUCAGAAACUUUUAGAAGACGAAAAGAAUCAAGAUCGUAUACGCGCGCGUUUGUCGGAGAUGUUUGAGGCCAUCAACAACACUGUCGCCAGCUUGACGGGCCUCGGUUGAGACGGGACCUCGUCGUCUGAUAUGGUGCGCUUCCUGUGUCCAUCACGUUAAGUACCUUGUCAACGGCUCUGCUCAAUUCGAACUUGUUUUGUUGUAUUGUUUUUGAAGGGUUCCACUUGAUGGACUAAUAUAUUAAUCUGAUGAUAUCCAUGCAGCCCUGCAGUGCUGCUAAUGGCUCAGCUGAUCAAAACCGCUCUAUUUGAUAUCUCGCAGCGGCAAUGUUCUGGUAGCACUACUACCCCCGCUGUGAAGUCUGUUUGGAUCCAUAAUCAAGCCGCUCUUGCCGCUUCAGCUUGAUCAAUGAUUGAAAACUUCUACUGCCAUCGCAUCGCGCAAAGCACAUAUUAUUGUGAAUGACUAUGCUCAGAGGAGAAAUAGCACGAUGUCCACUAUACUGGGUCAUGAUUACAUAAUAUCCUGUUACCGAAUAAUUCUUCUCAACAUUGCCAC